GACCUUUUUUGUAAAUAUUUUUUAAAAGAAAUUUGGCGUAAACUAAUAUUUUUAUGAUCAGACAAGCUGAUCGUUCAAAAAUCAAGUCCUGGCAUGGUUUUAUUGUUAAUAAUAUCUUCCUGAAAUUUGACAAGAAUUAUUUUUCAAAACAAUGUUAGUUUCUGCAAAGAAAUUGUGCGGAUUGGACCACUGUGCCAUGCAAAUUAUUUUUUUUCGCCAAAUUUGGACUUAAUAUCGGAAAUGAAAUCUAUUUUUUAAUUUUAAAUUCUCUAGUAGAAAUAAAGCAUUAGAUCAUUGGAAAAAUAUGAACGCGCUAAAAUAUCUGCUUUCUGAUAUUAUAAAAAAAAUAUUGUCCUAAAUUUUCUUAGAAAAUGUAAAAACAAUCAUACUUGUGUGUCACGUCUUCUACGUGAUAUUUUGUGCUACGUAGCUAAAUUCUCUUAUUAGCUAGCGGCUACGGGCUAGCCACUGCUGCGAGCUUAGGUGAUUCAUAUCAUAACUUGAGUGAUCUUGCGUUAUCAUUAUACAUAGCUCAGUUUUCUGUUGGCCGUGGAGUAGUGCACACCUAUAAAAAUACGAAGACUUGAGACAAUACAUUUGCAAAAAGUUUAUUAACCACGCUUAAUUAGUGUCAAAGCCAGUUGAAAUUGUGAUGAAAUGAGUCGUAAUAGCGGCCAACGCAACCAUAAUCGCGAAGAAAAUAAAAUACUCGCUAACUUAGUAAAGCAGCAUCCUCAGCUGUACGACAGGGAUCAUAUUCUUUAUGGGAAAACAAAUGCUGUAGAUCAAGCUUGGAGAAAAAUAAGCCAAAUGUGGGGGAAGCCAGUGCCUGAAUGCAAGGAACGCUGGCGAAAUAUACGCGCCGCCUACGCACGCUCCAUUGACGCCUACAAAACAAAGCGUGGAAAGAACCGUGGUAGGCAGUACUAUUUAGCAAAGGAGAUGGAAUUUUUAAAAUCUAACUUACCAAAAGAAGUUACACAAAAUAAUAGACAAAAUAAUAGGAUUAAUAACUCAGAAGCUAGCGCAAACAAAAACAACGAAACUUAUUCAUUAGCGAUGCGUCUAAUUGACAAUAUGGACGAACAAAGAUUACGAGAUUUGGAGCUAAUCAUUGAGCAUAAACUUAGACAAAUUGUUGCUACAAAAACUAAUCAUGACAACGAAUUGUCUGCGCCCAUGCAACAGCUACCAGUGCAGGCAUUCAAGGAGGAACCAGAAUUAUCGCUAUGACUCUUUAACGUAUUACAUAUACAUUUAUAACCUUUGUUCACCUUGGGAUCUGUACUAACAAUUGUAGUAAUUUAACACU